AUGGCUAGUGAAGGUAGAGACGCCGGCUCGGCCUUACCCUCGCUUAUUGCUUUUGGGUCCUUGAACACAUGGCCAGCGGAGCAUCAGCUGCAACAGCUGAGAACAGUGCUGCGACAGUACGCAUGGCUGCGGCCAGUUGUCGAGGCUGUCUACGAUCUUCCAGUGCUUGGGAGGGCCUUGGUCGGCAAGGAUCCACGGUUGGACAAAUUGGACCCCCAGGCUGGCGCAGAGCGAAUGGCAGAAUGGCUCAGUGGCGGCAUUGUGGUGCCAGAGCCUUCCAGAAAGCGGAACGCCAUGACAAUGACCGUGACGGUUAUUGCGCAGGUAGUGCAAUACUUCACUUAUCUGGAGCAACUCGACAGUCCCAUCAGCCACUCCUCAGUCUUGAGGAGUGUCGCUGCCGGUGGCGGCAUCCAAGGGUUUUGCGCCGGCCUGCUGAGCGCUCUGGCAGUGGCCAGUGGAGAGACAGAGGACGGGGUGGGCAAGUUUGCAGCCAUAUCGGUUCGCCUGGCAUUCUGCAUCGGCACCUAUGUCGACCUUGAUCAGAGUCCAGAUGACGUUGAUGCUGGAUAUUCCACCCUCGCGGUGAGGUCCAAGUCACCAUCAGCAAUGGAAGGUGUCCAACGGUUGCUUGAUAACCAUCCUCAUACUUACAUAGCUGUUGACCGAGACGCACGAGAUAUCACCAUCACAACUCUUACAUCGGUUGUGGACUCCCUCCGCACGGAGUUGCUUGGCCAUGGACUUUCUGUGCUCGACACCGGUCACAGAGGGCGAUACCAUUCUGACGCAAACAGAGAUGUCCCGCAGAAGAUCCUCGACGUAGUGCAAAAGCACAUCGUGGCAGGCUUUGGCGGCCACGGUCUCGUAAGGUCCAACACCAACGGAGAAGUCCUGGCCGAUGAGGAUGGUAUCCUUGCUGUUUUGAGGUCCAUCCUCGUGGAGCGGGCGAAUUGGUAUUCCACAAUUUCAAAGGCUGCUGAUCUGUUAACAUCAACCCCCAAAAGUCCAUUCAUACUCGCAAUCGGUGCCGUUGCCGUUCCAUUGUCAAUUGCACGGAGCUUCGUAGUUACGAGGAUAGCCAUUGGGUCGGCCCACAGCGGUCUAUCCAAAGAGGGCACGAUAUUCACAAGUCCCCCGGGCGCUGAAGCAGCUCCGAACAGGUAUCCCAACAACGCCGUCGCCGUUAUAGGGAUGUCCUGCAAAUUCCCUGGGGCAGAUUCCAUUGACGAUUUCUGGGCCAUGCUGACGGAGAGAACCUCCAUGCUUGCGCAAAUGCCAUCGCAGAGAUUCAAGACAGAAGGUCUGGCCAGAGCGAGUGGCAGUCUUCGAUUCUGGGGCAACUUUGUCAACGACAUUGACGCCUUUGACCACAAGUUCUUCAAGAAGUCGGCGCGAGAGGCUGCCUCCAUGGACCCUCAGCAGCGUCUCCUGCUUCAACUCACAUAUGAGGCUCUAGAGUCGUCCGGAUACUUCGCCGAUACCUCGCGACCGCGCAACAUCGGCUGCUACCUGGGCGCUUGUUCCACAGACUAUGACAGUAAUGUGGCGUCCCAUGCUCCGACGGCAUAUGCCACUACUGGUACACUUCGGGCGUUCCUGAGCGGCCGGUUAUCCCAUUAUUUCGGAUGGACCGGUCCGUCUAUGGUCUUUGACACUGCGUGUUCGUCCUCGGCAGUGGCAAUCCACACAGCGUGCACAGCCUUGCAGUCGGGCGAAUGCAUCCAGGCUCUGGCGGGCGGUGUUACUCUGAUGACGAGUCCCUACCUAUAUGAAAACUUGUCGACGGCUCAUUUUCUCAGUCCCAGCGGAGCUACCAAGCCAUUCGACGCAAGGGCCGAUGGUUAUUGCCGUGGAGAGGGUGUCGGCUUGGUCGUUCUCAAAAAGCUUUCUGACGCGCUGGCCGACGGGGACGAUGUCCUUGGUGUCAUCGCCAGCUCGGCCGUCAACCAGAACAGAAAUUGCGUGUCGAUUACCGUCCCACAUUCGGCUUCACAGUCUGAAUUGUACUACCGCGUGGCGAAGCAGGCCGGUAUUUCUCCUCAACAGGUCACCUUCGUGGAGGCUCAUGGCACUGGCACCCCGGUUGGCGAUCCCAUCGAAAUGGAAAGCAUCAGGCAGGUGUUCGGAGGGACCAAGAGAACUUCGCCGUUGUUUGUCUCGUCGGUGAAAGGGAACAUAGGCCAUCUUGAAGGCGCUUCCGGGGUUGCCGGCCUCAUCAAAGCCAUCUUGCAAAUGGAAUACCGAACUGUGUGUGCCCAGGCGUCUUUCCAGAGUCUCAACCCUAAGAUCCCGGCGUUAGAGCCAGACAACUUGUGCAUACCAACAACCAACCGGCCUCUGCCAGAUGAAUUGUUGACCGCCUGCAUCAACAACUAUGGCGCAGCGGGCAGCAACGCGGCCAUGAUACUUAUUGAAGGGCCGCCCAAGGCGAGCCCAUCACAUGGAGGGCUCGAUUCCAGCACUUAUUCAGAUCUUCGGAAAUACCCUAUUCAAAUCUCAGCUUCUUCUGCAACACAUCUCGUCUCCUACUGCAGAACACUGGACGAAUUCUGCCAGAGGAAGCUGCCAUCAGCCAGCAAGGCAGGAUUCCUUCCAAGCCUGGCAUUCCAUCUGGCAAGGCGCCAGAAUCAGGAGUUGGGGUACAUGCUGAAUAUAGCAGCGACGAGUAUUGCCGAGUUGCAAAGCCAGCUCCAGCGACAAUCACAAGGAAGCCACACCAUUGUACAGCGACCAAAAGCGAACCCCGUGAUUCUGUGUUUUGGGGGCCAAGUAAGCGACCGCAUCGCUCUGAGCAAGCGGGUGUGGCAGCAAUCUGCUUUGCUCCGCUACCACCUGGAUGCUUGUGACAAGCUUCUCCGCGUAAUGGGAUAUCCAGGUCUCUAUCCGGAUAUUUUCCAGGUCGAAGCAAUGACAGAUGUUGUUGUAUUGCACUCUAUGGUCUUUGCCGUACAGUAUGCCAGCGCUCAGGCGUGGAUCGAGUCUGGUCUAAAAGUCGACAGUCUUAUCGGCCACAGCAUCGGUCAAAUCACUGCCCUCUGCGUGUCAGGACAGCUCUCUGUGCGAGAUGGUCUCAAACUCAUUGCGGGAAGAGCCUCAUUGAUUCGAGACCACUGGGGGACCGAGAGUGGCACCAUGAUUGCUGUUGAGGCCGAUGAGCAGACCAUCGAGGAGCUUACAAGCGCCAUCGUAUCCACGAAUGCGACGCACAAACCUGAAAUUGCGUGUUAUAACGGACGGACGUCUCAUGUCGUUGUGAGCGACAAGGCAUCCGCUAAAAGGCUCGAGGCCGGGCUUGUCCAGCGCAGGCUAAGACAUAAGAGAUUGAAUGUGCCGUACGGCUUCCAUUCCCGAUUCACAGACGUCUUGAUCCCACAACUCGAGGAAUUGGCUUCAUCUCUGAACUUCCAAGAUGCCAAAAUCCCGCUUGAAGCCUGCUCGAGGGACGAUGGCUGGGUCAAAGUCACUCCACGGGCUGUCGCCCACCACACGCGCGAUCCGGUGUUCUUCGGCAAAGCAGUUGAGAGAUUGAGGAGUCGAAUGGGCCCCUGUACGUGGAUCGAAGCAGGUUCAGACUCGAGCAUUGUGGGAAUGGUACGAAGAGCGCUAGGCCAGUCGCCAGACUCGUCCGACAAUUUCUUCCCCAUGCAGUUGAACAAGUCUGACUCGCUGGAGCAGUUGGUCGACACAACGAUGGGGUUGUGGAACUGUGGCCAGCAGGUACGGUUCUGGAAUUUUCAUCGGCGGCAAGCAUCCAACUACGAUCUCUUGCGCCUGCCAUCCUACCAAUUCGAGAAAUCGAGACACUGGCUGGAGUUGGUUACGACUCCUUUGGCAAGUGAAGACAGCAAGACGUCUGCCGCGGUGGCCGACCCAGCAUCGUUGACAGUCGAACCAGCGCUACUCACACGAUUGAUCCACACGAAUUCCCAAGGCCACAAAUUCAGCAUCAAUCCCACAAGUGACGAAUACCGAAGUCUGGUCCAGGGACACACCAUCCUAGGCAGGCCUCAAUGUCCUCCGGCCAUGUAUCUGGAAAUCGUGACCAGAGCGGUGAACACGGUUGAAAAGUUUGGUACAGAUUCCUCACUCUCCUUCCGGGGUUUCAUCAAUGAGGCUCCAUUAGGACUGGAGGUGGAUCGCAAUGUCAGCCUCCAUCUCGAACAUAAUGACAGCAACUGGAGCUUCAAGAUCAUCAGCGAAUUAAUCUCUUCGCCCAGAGCCAAGCCAGCAGAGCCAGUGUGCCAUGCGUCGGGCUUUGUCUCCCGGCAGGAUUCUGUCAAAGGUGUCCACGAUGAAUUUGCGCGGUAUGAAAGACUGAUCGGUCACGAAAAGAUCACCAGUGUAUGGAAUGAUGCCCAAAGCGAGUGUCUCCAAGGUGCCAUGGUGUACAAGGUCUUCUCUCCGCUGGUGCAUCACGCCGAAUACUAUCGCGGAGUCAAGGGGAUCGCGGCCACGGCGGGAUUGCUUGCUGGAAGGGUUUCUGUGCCGAAACAAGUUCCAGAGUCUAUGAAAAAUUCCACUAUUCAGCCACAUAUUCUGGAUAGUUUCAUCCAGAUUCCGAUUCUUCACUCGAAUUAUGUCAUGGAUUGCGCUAGGGGCGACGUCUUCUGGCUGAUGGAGAUUGCUCGUCUUCAAUGGGGGCCUGGUUUCAUGCUUCAUGGCGGUGGAGUCUUCCCCAAUGCGACCUGGGAUGUGCUCGCCUUCAGCUCGACAGAAAGUAAUGAAGAGGCGGUCUAUGAUAUGUUCGUGUUUGACCCUGCCUCAAAGAAAUUGGUGAUGCUGGUAUUAGGAGCUCGGCUUGCGAAGGGCCAGCUGGGCUCGCCGAUCAAGGUUUCUCCACAAGCAAACGAGGCUUCUGCUGGGUUCGUAAAGGUAGAGCACGGGGCAAAGACUGAUAAUCAAGACCCGAAAUCAUCCCAGACAACCAGGCACAUUGACACCCAUUCACCGGAUAGUGACAGUUCAAGCACGUCGUCGCCCACUGGACUUUCUGGAUCGAGGGUAUCAUCUCCAAACGCUAGUGCGAUAACGACCCCAUCAACGACGCCGUCGGCGCUGCGGAUCACGGAGAAGUUGUCCAAGCUGGUUGCAGAACAUCUCGAGAUCGAGGACAGAGUGACGAUGGACACGAACCUCGUCGAUCACGGGCUCGAUUCUCUGCUCUCCAUUGAAUUGGGAAGCGACAUCAUGAAGCAUUUCUCGGUUGAAUUGGAUAUGGAGAAGAUCCAUUUCGAUUUCACCUUUGGCGAUCUCCUCAAAAUGGUCUUAGAUGAUGGCGAUGCCCCUGAGGAUUCCAAAAGCAGGGCAGCAGUACCUGUGACAACGCCAGAACCCAUCCAGCAGGCGCCUGCACCAAUUACAGGAUCAAGUCCCAGAACAGCUGCGGAUGCGCCGGAUGAGGAGGGCGUGCUGAGGGAGACGCAGCAGAUCUUCGAGGAAAUUCGCUUUGACUUCGACAAAUAUGCUGAGCAGACCCAAUUCAAGGACUUUUGGGCGAAUGUUUAUCCCAAGCAAGCAAAUCUGGUUCUUUCCUAUGUCGUUGAAGCAUUGCGUAAGCUUGGUUGUGACUUGUCGAGUCUGAAACCUGGUCAGAAACUGCCGUCCAUCACGGUUUUGCCCAAGCACACUCAUUUGCUGGCUCAGAUGCACGAGAUCCUGGCUGAUGGAGGUCUGAUCGAGCGCCAAAAUGAUUCCACGCAUGUGAGAACAGCAAAGCCGGUCGACCCAACUCCAGCCGCAACGCUCUUCGAAGACAUGCUGCAACUUUAUCCGGCCCAUGCUUCCGAGACCAGACUUCUCAAUGUGACGGGUUCUUGCCUUGCGGAAUGUAUGACUGGCCAAGUCGAUCCGCUCCCACUCCUGUUCGCCAACAAGAGAAACAAGGAGAUAGUCGCUGAUGUUUACGACAAUGCACCAAUGUGCCAGGCGUCUACCCGCCUCCUUGCCCACUAUUUGGCGAGAAUGUUUUCGACAUCCCAGGGCAUCUUUCGCAUUCUUGAGGUAGGUGCUGGCACGGGUGGGACAGCCAGAUACCUUGUCGACUUUCUCGCCGCCAGGGGCAUCAAGUUUGAGUACACGUUCACCGACAUUUCGCCCUCACUGGUUGCGUCCGCGAAGAAGAAGUUUGCCGGGAGAGAGCAGAUGAAGUUCUUAAUUCUCGACUGUGACCGUGCUGCGCCGGCCGAACUUCACAACCAGUUUCACAUUGUCAUUGCCACCAACUGCAUCCAUGCCACGCCGAAUGCAGGGUCCGCCGCAGCAAAUAUUGUUCCGAUGCUCCGCGAUGAGGGUGUCUUCUGCCUCGUUGAAUUCACUAGAGGUUUGUACUGGUUCGAUCUUGUUUACGGGCUUUUGGAAGGCUGGUGGCUGUUCAGCGACGGACGUCGACAUGCUCUCGCGGACCAAUGGUUCUGGAACAGGAGUCUCAGAGCAGGCGGGUACAGGCAUGUCUCUUGGACAGACGGCAAUACCCACGAAGCCCAAACCAUGCGUGUGAUCGCAGCUUUCAAGCGUGAAGCCACACAGAGCAUCCCCGGGUCUCUGGCGCCCAGCCUGGUCAAGAGAGCAGGAAUACCGACCGAGACAUUCACCUGGAAGCACGUAGGAAAGCUUUCUCUGCAAGCCGACGUGUAUUACCCAAAGACACCCGAUGACCCAGCAAAGAAGAGGCCUAUAGCCAUGAUGAUCCAUGGUGGAGGUCAUUUUCUCUACGGACGUAGAGAUAUCCCCAUGAAACAUGUCCGAGUGCUGCUUCAACGAGGAUUUCUCCCCGUGAGUGUUGACUACAGGCUGUGUCCAGAAAUAACUCUGCUCGAAGGGCCUGUUGAAGAUUGUUGCGAUGCACUGCGGUGGGCUCGAGAAACCUUGCCUUUCGUGCCUCUGGGCGUCCCAGGCGUCACCGUGGACCCUAACAAGCUGAUCGCGCUGGGUUGGUCCAGUGGUGGGCAUCUGGCUAUGACCCUGGGACACACGGCUGUCGGUCGUGGUAUCAAGCCUCCUGAUGUGAUUUUGCCAUUCUACUCCCCAACAGACCUGGAAUCAGACCACUGGGACAAGCCCAUCUAUCCAAAAGCAGCAGAAGAGGAGCCGACUGAAGUGUGGGGAUUCCUUGACGGCGUCUUCGAAGAGCCAAUACUCGACUAUGCGCCCGUCAACAAUAAGAAAGCGGCAGCUCUGUCUUUGACCUUGCAGGAUGACCGGGCAAGGAUCAUCUUGCACAUGAACUGGAAGGCACAGACGCUGCCGGUCAUGUUCCAUGGCUUGCCAAGCAAGAAUCGAGUGGCCGAGGACGACAACACGGACUGGAAAGCUCUGCCCAAACCUCCUCUUGAGCAGAUCAGAGCUGCCAGCCCUUACUGGCAGAUCCUCCAAGGUACCUAUCGAACACCCACAUUUAUGGUGCAUGGCAACCGCGAUGACUGGGUCCCAUGGCAAAUGAGCCAAACGACGAUCCAGGCUUUGAAGUCCCAGGGUGUAGAGGCGGAUAUUGAGAUUGCAGACCAUUGUGGCCACGCCUUUGACUUGUUCACGGUGGAGGAUCCGCUAGGGACCGGUUGGACCGCGGUGGAACACGCAUACGACUUUGCCUGUCGCGUGCUUGGUCUCUGA